AGAAGGCCUAGUCCUGCUGUCUGGUUUUGUUCACCUCACUGGAGCCUGGAGUUCUGGGGACAGAUCCAGGCCAGCAGAAGCCUGGGGGUCCCUGAGUGGCUGGAGAUGAGGUUCACCCAGGGACAAGGCUCCAUAUCCUGAGACCUGGGAUCCCCCAGGACACUCUCUGACCCGUCCAGGCCCUGGGGCCCUUCCCUCAGCUCACCUGAGUUUCUCAGGCUCCAGGAUGCCGUAGAGACCUGGUUUGUGGCUGCAGUGCCCUUCACCUGCCCUGCACCCUGCCCUGUCACAGGCCUCCGCAAUGUCACCACGUCUGUGCUCCCUCCUUUUCCUGGCCCUGGGCCUGGGGCUGGCUGGAACCCUCAACCCCAAGGACCCCAACACCUGUAGUGUCUGGGAAAGCUUCACCACCACCACCAAGGAGUCUCACUUGCGCCCCUUCAGCCUGCUCCCCUCCGAGCCCUGCGACCGACCCUGGGAGAACCCACACAUCUGUCCCCAGCCCACGGUUGUCUACCGGACCGUGUACCGCCAGGUGGUGAAGAUGGAGCACCGAAGGCGCCGGCAGUGCUGCCGGGGAUUCUAUGAGAGCAGCAGCGGGGCCUGUGUCCCGCUUUGUGCUCAGGAGUGUGUCCAUGGUCGCUGCGUGGCUCCCAACCAGUGCCAAUGUGCGCAAGACUGGCGGGGCGACGACUGCUCCAGUGACUGUGCCCCAGGAGUGUGGGGGCAACAGUGUGACAGGCCCUGUAACUGCGGCAACAGCAGCUCCUGUGACCCCAAGAGUGGGGCAUGCUCCUGUCCCUCUGGCCUGCAGCCCCCGCACUGCCUUCAGCCUUGCUCCCCUGGCCGCUAUGGCCCUGCCUGCCAGUUCAGCUGCCAGUGCCAUGGGGCACCCUGUGACCCUCAGACUGGAGCCUGCCUCUGCCCCCCAGACCGAACUGGGCCCAGCUGUGAGGUGUCCUGUUCACAGGGCACUGUUGGCUUCUCCUGUCCCAGUACCCCUCCUUGCCACAAUGAGGGUGUUUUCCAGAACUCCCAAGGCUCCUGCAGCUGCCCACCAGGCUGGAUGGGCACCAUCUGCUCCCUGCCCUGCCCAGAGGGCUUCCAUGGACCCAACUGCUCCCAGGAAUGUCGCUGUCACAACGGAGGCCUCUGCGACCGAUUCACUGGGCAGUGCCGCUGCGCUCCGGGCUACACCGGGGAUCGCCUGCCGGGCUGGGCGGGCCUCCACUGCAACGAGAGCUGCCCGCAGGACACGCACGGGCCUGGCUGCCAGGAGCACUGCCUCUGCCUGCACGGUGGCGUCUGCCUGCCCGACAGCGGCCUCUGCCGGUGCGCGCCCGGCUACACGGGCCGGCACUGCGCUAGCCUCUGCCCCCCUGACACUUAUGGAGUCAACUGCUCUGCACGCUGCUCCUGUGAAAAUGCCAUCGCCUGCUCGCCCGUCGACGGCACCUGCGUCUGCAAGGAAGGUUGGCAGCGUGGUAACUGCUCUGUGCCCUGCCCACCUGGAACCUGGGGCUUCGGUUGCAAUGCCAGCUGCCAGUGUGCCCACGAGGCAGCCUGCAGCCCCCAAACUGGAGCCUGUACCUGUACUCCUGGGUGGCACGGGACCCACUGCCAGCUCCCCUGCCCAAAGGGGCAGUUUGGUGAAGGCUGUGCCAGUCACUGUGACUGUGACCAUUCUGAUGGCUGCGACCCUGUUCAUGGACGCUGCCAGUGCCAGGCUGGCUGGAUGGGUACCCGCUGCCACCUGCCCUGCCCUGAGGGCCUCUGGGGAGCCAGCUGUAGCAACACCUGCACCUGCAAGAAUGGGGGCACCUGCAGCCGUGAGAAUGGCAGUUGUGUGUGUGCACCUGGAUUCCGAGGCCCCUCCUGCCAGAAAUCCUGUCAGCCCGGCCGCUAUGGCAAACGCUGUGUGCCCUGCAAGUGUGCCAACCACUCCUCCUGCCAUCCCUCGAAUGGGACCUGCUACUGCCUGGCUGGCUGGACAGGCUCUGACUGCUCCCAACCGUGUCCUCUAGGACACUGGGGAGCCAAAUGUGCCCGGCUCUGCCAGUGUCGCCAUGGCGGGACCUGCCACCCCCAGGAUGGGAGUUGUUUCUGUCCCCCAGGCUGGACUGGACAUCUCUGCUCGGAAGGCUGUUCUCCAGGGAUGUUUGGUGCCAAUUGCUCCCAACCAUGCCAGUGUGGUUCCGGAGAGAGGUGCCACCCAGAGACUGGGGCCUGUGUGUGUCCGCCAGGGCACAGCGGUGCCCCCUGCAGGAUUGGAAGCCAGGAGCCGUUCACUAUGAUGCCUACCUCUCCAGUGGCCUAUAACUCAUUGGGGGCAGUGAUUGGCAUCGCAGUGCUGGGCUCCCUGGUGGUGGCCCUGGUGGCACUGUUCAUUGGUUACCGCCAUUGGCAAAAAGGCAAGGAGCACCAGCACCUGGCGGUGGCCUACAGCAGUGGGCGACUGGACAGCUCUGAGUACGUCAUGCCAGAUGUCCCUUCCAGCUUCAGUCACUACUACUCCAACCCCAGCUAUCACACCCUGUCACAGUGCUCACCUAACCCGCCACCCCCGAACAAGGUCAGUGCUGGGGGCGGGGAUGCACUCCUCCAGGCCCCGGAGCGGCCAGGUGGUGCCCAUGGGCACGACACCCACGCCACUCUGCCUGCUGACUGGAAGCACCGCCGGGAGCCCCUUCCAGCACCUCUGGACAGGGGUAGCAGCCGCCUGGACCGAAGCUACAGCUGUAGCUACAGCAACAGUAACGGCCCAGGCCCAUUCUAUAAUAAAGGGCCCAUCUCUGAAGAGGGGCUGGGGGCCAGCGUGGCUUCCCUGAGCAGCGAGAACCCCUAUGCCACCAUCCGGGACCUGCCCAGCCUGCUAGGGAGCCCCCGGGAGAGCAGCUACGUGGAGAUGAAAGGCCCUGCCUCGGGAUCUCCUGCCAGGCAGCCUCCUCAGCUCCCGGACAGCCAGAGGCGGCGACACCCCCAACCACAGAGAGACAGUGGCACCUACGAGCAGCCCAGCCCUCUGACCCAUGACCGAGACUCCGUGAGCUCCCAGCACCCCCUGCCUCCGGGCCUGCCUCCCGGCCACUAUGACUCACCCAAGAACAGCCACAUCCCUGGACACUAUGACUUGCCUCCAGUACGGCAUCCUCCGUCUCCCCCGCUUCGGCACCAGGACCGUUGAGGAGCCAAGAUGGUGUGCAGAGGUCAGCACACCUGUUCUUUGCUGCCCAAGGCUGAGGACAGAGCCCAUUGUACCCUGCCAGGAGCAGGGAGAAGACUGGCAGGUGGUGAACAGGAACAUGUUUAAUAGAGGAUGCGAGUGGAGAGGAGACAGGAGCCUGGCUCCCAGGUUCUAUCGUGGGAAACACUGGUCAGCUGGAAGUCUGUGUUCCUUUUCCCCAACCAGCUGCUCCCCAAGGCCCCCAGGGCCCCAUGUACAUAAACUGGUGGGUUGAAUGUUGCUGGAUAACUCUGAUUUCAGAUUGAUGUAAAAAAUGUAUAUUGGGUAAAUUUUCUGUGCACUCCCAGGCUAGGCUCUGUGAGUGUGUGUGUAUGUGUGUGUGUGUGUGUGUGUGUGUGUGUGUGUGUGUGUGUGUGGUUUCAGAAGGGUACCAGGCACAGAUCCUGUCCUGGGGCUAACCCAACUAACUCUAGAAAUAGCCUAACUGGCCUCCCUGCAUUCACCUGGUACUCCUUACAACCAACUGCUCAAAAUACAAGCUGGCUAGCUUACCCCUGCCUGAAAGUCUUCAUGGGUGCCCCAUGGCUCCUGGGUCACAGUCAAAACUGUCAAAGGCCUUAAAGGCUUUGCUGGCCCAGCUUGUCUGUCUCUUAAGUCUCCCUUGAACUGUGUUCCAUGUCACUCUGCUCCAACCACACUGGCCUCUAGGUCCUCCUAUCAGCCACACUUCUUCCUACCACAGGGACUUUGCACAUCUGGAAUGCUCUUCCUCUCCCACUCACCUGUUUACUUCUGCUUGUCGGUCACAUCCGCUCCUCUCUUUCAUAGCACUGAUCACAGAUGUGUUCAUGCACCAGAUACCUGCAGAAGGCUUACAGGGUGCCAGGCACCUCUGUAAUGUGUUGCUUUUUAAUGUGAUUAUUUGAUUAAUCUCUGUCUCCCCGCCAGACUGUAAGUUCCCUGAAAGCAGGAAUCUUGUGUUUAUGUUCAACAUUGGAGUCCCUUGGCACAUAGUAGGCACUCAAUAAAUGUUCCUCCAAAGGC